CGAGUUAACAGAAACCUUCCUGGCUGAAAAUAAGGGUUGCACUUUAACCUGUGAGUGUAGAAUAUUUCAAAUGGUCAAUGCUCAUUGUGGUUUUGUAAGCCGGAUGGAAGUAUAUCAGGUGGUACGCUGCCCUCACUAAGAACUGAAGUGUAUUAUUUUCCUCUCUUCUAUUAUAUGUCUCGGAUUCUAUGGUCAAUUCACGCAUGAAUUAAUCUGCUUUUUCAGUUAUUGUCGUAUUAUAUUGUGCCUUGGGCAUCCACUGUCGCCACGGCAGUUCUGAAAAAUCCGUUCCAGGUGUUAGGGAAGUGAUAGGCACUCAAUUUCAAAACAUAGUCCUUUUUACAACUUUCAUACAAUAUAAAUGUUUGUUAAUUAAUGGCCGAAAUGAAUUCAACCACAUGAAUGAAGUCUUAUUGGCCGGACGUUGUGAUCAGCAGCUGGUACGUUUGCUGUUUUUUCCAUUUUUUUUUUACCCCUUUUCCCCUUUUAAGUCUCCUUCAUGAUUAUCCAGCUAAAUCGUGAUUGUUAGUUGUCAGUUUUACUUCUGACUUCUCAUUUUCUGAAAUUCGUUUGUGUUUUUAUUACCUUCCCGCCUUCCUCUGUCGCAAUUCGCAUCUCCCUCCUUUUCACGGAACUCUUUGUUAUCUUUUUUUACUUCCUUUUUUCUCACUAAUAACCUUUUCAAUGCAUCAUUCAGUAUAUUACAAGAAAAACGUCUCAAAUUCUUAGAAUACAAAAGAAACAUCGCAUAAUCUUUUCGAAAAUUCCCGUCAAAGGGACAGUAUGGUCGCGAAGCUAAUUAACUUUAAAGCCGAAAUUUACAUUUCGUGACAAAACAAAGUUCAAAUUUUGGAGGCAUCGAUUCUAGCGAAUACCCCUUUCUCCAUAUGUACACUGAAUCAAAGAAAGUAAUCGAGUUAUUUCAUCCAUAAAUAGAAAUACUGUCAAACGAAUGAAACAAUAACUCCUUUUUCCAUCAUCCUACUUCUUCCUUCCUUUUAAGGAUCAUAUUUAAUUCUUGGUCUAAAAUUUUGAAACCCGUAUGGCCUUGUGAAAUAUGCAUUAUUUUGUUGAUUAAAGAUAUUCAGAAUAUUAAUGUAUUUAAACAACUUCAUGUGUAUGAAUAAUUCACACGCCAGUAUACCUUUGUAUUUGCAAUUUUGAAUAUCGUUGCAACCCUAAAACCCCCUUUUCUUUUCGUAUUUUUAAAUGUUAUCUUUUUAAAAGUGAUAAUGGAGCAAGCUACGCCAGGUGACAUUGAAGAAACGAUAACGGUGGUUGUUCAAGAAGAUGACCUUAUGCAAGCCAUUCCUAAUAACAUAUUCCCAUUGCAUGAAGACAGUUUUCCACCCUUUUUAAAGCAACGUGAUACAGCAGAAGAAGACAUGGAUAUGGCCAGGAUCUGCACACCUUUCUCUUCAAAGGACUACUCACCUGAGCAAGAAAGUUCUAUUUCAGAGUUUGAUAUUGACCACGAAUAUCCUGGAAUUCAUUCCGCUGAAGGAGAAGCAGAGGCAAGAGAUGUUGAAAGAAAACUUGAUGAGGCUUUGAGAGGAGAACACUAUGAUUCGAUUAAAGAUCACGUGAAUCCAAGGAUUCUAUCCAGCUGUAAGACUAACGCAUUAUUCAAGGCAUUUGAGGUGAAGAAAAAAAUCAGAGACAUUCCAGAUAGCGGUGGAGCAGAAAGGAACGAGUUUGAAACAUUGGCAAACUCAGUAGAUGAGUUCACGGCAGCUUUAAUACAUCCUUUAAAAGCUGACGACCACGCUAGAAGCACUUUUAGAAGCUGUUUGGAAACUGUAAUGGAAAAAGCCAUCGACACAGAGCAGAAGAAGUUUAUAUCUCAUCCAGUGAUUUACAAGUUAUUCGAGGCUAAAUGGUACGGUUCAUUUGAUUCUCUGCGCAAAAGCUCUGGGACGAGUUUACGCUUCUGGAAAUAUAUCCUUCUCAAUAUUUGGGCUGUAUUUGAUUUCUUCCUUUUCCCAUUCCUUUUGGCGUUCUUCUUCAUCAUUAGAAGUAUAAAAAUCCGCGCACGGAAAAUGACAGCCACAGAGGUUUGUUUUGCGGUAUCCCUGUCUGGUCCAGCAUCGGACGAAACAUUCGCUUUAGUGAAGAAGUCGAUCAGUUACAUAGUGCAUCAAUACGACUGUCACUCAACCAACUAUUGCAUAAUGUUACGUCAGGACGACCAUGUUCCGAUUACCAGCAUAACCUUCGAAUUUGAAGACGCCAAAGAGACAGAUAUAUUUGACAAAAUCAACGAAUUAACAAAGCCCAAAGCAACUCGCGCUCUGCUUUAUGACGACUUAUGCGUUGUUCGCGAUGCAUUCAAAAGCCCUCGCGUUCGCUUAGAAAGCAAAAAGGUCCUCAUCGUGUUCGUAAAUGACCUUAACAAUGUGGAGGGUGUCCAGGACGUAAUCGGCGAAAUUCAAGGAAUGGAUGUUCGGCUCGUUGCUGUUGGGUUUGGAGACCAAGCCAAUCUGAAUCAACUAGAAAAGAUUACAAAACGGGAUGCCCUUCACUUUGAAGAAUUUGAAUCGGCAAGGACUGUAGGAACAGCUAUUGUACAAGACGUGGAAGGAAAAGAUGUCUAUGAAAUUUACGUGGAUUACUUUACAACUCCCUACUUCAUCUUCUUCCGCGACACAUUGAGCGCAGUCGCCUUACUCGGCCUUCUUUCUGCCAUUUGCCUGACACCGUCAGCCAUCGCCUUCAGCAAAACAGAAUUGGCUGUACUUCUUUUUUUUCUGGGAAGAAUUGUUGUGGUAGCUGAUCAGUUCAUUUGCGCCACUAAGACUGAGAGGAAAGCGACGCGAAAGCGACACAGAUCCUUUCAGACAACUUUGUACGAAGAGUGUUCCGAUCCAGAUCUCAACGCAGACACAUCCUAUAUGAAACUUGUGUUAAGAAAAUUUGUCAAUUACUGCAAUGAUCGUUGGCAUGCGUGUGACUUCAUCAUUCUGAUCAUGUAUGUCAUGACAGCCACUCUGCGCAUGGUCACAUGGGUUUCCUCCUCUUCAGUGUCAGGCAAUGGAACCUUGGCCAUCACUGGCUAUCUGUAUGGCUUAAUCGCUUCGUUUCUCACGGUGCGUGCUUUUGGUCACGUGAUGGAGGUUGACAGGGGAAUGGGUGCCAUAGAAAUUGCUGUGUUUGUCAUUCUGAAAGAUUUACGUACGAUAUUUUGGCUGUUUGUUGCAACGAUUCUCGGGUUCUCGCUGGCGCUAACAAAGACUAUUAUUGUCGAAACAUCAUACAUUUCGUCAGGGAACUUUCAUAAGGAUCGUGGCUACGAUUUCACUCGUUGGUGGGACAUUGCGAGGGAUCUAGUAAGAUCCUUACUUGGAAUGACCUCAUUAACACCAUUGGAAAGCCACAAGGAACACGGUCCGUCUGCCAUCUUGGCUAAUCUUCUCUACAUAAGGUUCUUGGUUGUGGGAGCUAUUCUUCUAAUUAACUUGAUGAUAGCUUUGCUCUCUAACACCUAUGAAAUAGUUCAGAAUAACGCCUUAAAAGAGUGGUCUUUUAAGAAGGCGGUAACAGUCAAAACCUACAGCACAUGCCAUCCGGCACCAGUUCCAAUUAACCUUGUCACCAUGCCCCUCAUUGCUGUGUGCAGAAUGUGUCAACGAUGCCUCUGCAAAACGAAAUCUUUUGAAAUGCCUGGUGUGAGAGAGGAAUCCAGGGAUGCUGCUUUAGAUAAACUUGUCGAGAAACUGCAAAGGACAUACUUUGCAACAUAUGGCUAUUCUUUUCCGCUUACUGAUGAAGGAAAGAUCGAUGAAGUUCUUCACGAAACAGACGGAAAUCGAAAAAUGUGUAAUCAGAUCAUCCAAAGAGUGUUCGAACCAUCAAGCCUUGGACAGACAAUAGUGCAGAAUGGAACAUUUGAAUGGGAGUCUCUGGGAAUUGGAAUCGAAGGCUCCCUGCUGACAUAUGAGGGUUCUUCUUCGUGUUACAGUUGUGAAAAUCGUAAGAUUUCCUGGGCACAUCAUGGUGCGAGGGGUUUGGCGCCUUUUACUCCAGAAAUGCCGAGAUUUGAAGUGUUAAUCCAAGAGAGCGGUGAGAGGCGCAUUGUAGCAGUCGGUGCAGUGUACGAAGGCUACAACUGUCAUUUCAUGCCGGGGUGGAAAAACGGGACCGUUGGUUAUCACGCUGAUGACGGAAGAAUAUUUGAACCGAGCUAUAGGCAACAGGGAAAAGAAGUUCCUGACGCUAUGGCCUACCGGGGUGAUCUUAUGGCUUGUGAAGUAGAUUUUGAGGGUGCUAGAAACGAUUCAGUCCCUGUUACGUUUUUCAAGAACAACAUAGAGGUGGCACGUACAUCACUGAGGUUCAUUCCUGAUCGGACUAAACUAUUCCCUUUCAUUGGAAUGGGCUACACUGGAAUUCGUGUUCUAGCAAAGAUGUGCCCGCGACAUAAUCAACAGGCCCAGCGCCCUACAGAUGCUAUAAACAUACCGUGGGACACGAAUGUACAAGAGAAACUUGACAUCUUGAGAGAAGAAAUGAACGUUAUGGAAAUCAACAGGAAACAGGAGGUCAAAGAAUUGGAGAGUAAACUCCUCUAUGAAAUCCGACAGUUGACACGAGAAAUCAGAGAGAAGAAUAUCUGAUCGAGAAGUUAUCUUCCUAAAGGAUUCUAAAUUUUAAGUCAUAUUGCAUAGCAUAGGGUACUGUGAAUUUACUAGAAAGGUUAUCUUGAGAGGACUGCAACGCCGCGUUAAAAUAAUUCUAGACGCUAAAGUUCAAGACUGAGUUGAGUGGCGCUUUUUGACCAGACUGGGCAAGGACUUCAGUAACUGAUAGCGGUAGACUCUGUGACUUAGCAUGUUUCAAAAAUCACUUUUUCUCGAUAUCCAUAGUGUUACAAGUCGUGUACUGAUUAAAUCCUAAAAAAACAAAGAUACUAAACGAGAGCUUUAGUGUGGACUAACUGAUGAAGGCGUCAGAAAUUUACAGGUAAGAACUGGUUGUCUAUUGAACGAUGUUGACACUGAUGUGAAGAACAUAGAUCCUUUUAGGCGAAUAAAUAUUGUAGUAUGAAGCUUCA